AUUUUAUUCAUUUUAAAUUAAACGCUUGAUGCUUACUAAAUUAUAUAUUUUAUCAAAUAUUUUCUCUGAAGUGUCGGAAGUUAUAUUAAUAGAAAAGUGAAGAAGUCACGUAACUGCUUGAACAAACUGUUAAUGUAUCGAUGUGUCAUGUCAGCAAUCUUGCUGCUGUGGUGAGAAAGAUUCCAAGGAACAAGAAGCAAAGUAGCAAACGACGACGUUCCUCGGCGGAGAGCCAACCAAAACUAGAAAAAUACAGUGUUCGCGAUUGUAAAUAAAUGGCAACUGAUCCUGGCUAGCCAAUAGUGUAUCCUUCCGAGUCCUCAUCCCCCGGUUGGGAUCCUCCAGGUGCGAUCGGUUCGGCCGUGUUCCGGAAGUGCUCGUUCGUGUGCAGCGUGUGAUAGGUGAUUUUUCGUCUCGCCAAACAGCAGGCAGGGGUUUGUGUUGUUCCCGUUCGAUUUCCCCCUCCUGUUGCUCCUGAUCCGUGGAGCGGAGUAGGAGAAAAUAUUGUACAGCUGGACCCGCUACUGGCUGGAGAUCCGGGUUCUCCGUUUCAAGGUCCCUGGUGGUACUGGUGGUGUCGUGCAUACAUGUGUAUUGUGUUGUGGUUUUGUGGCAAAAAUACGUCAAGAGUAACAAGUGCUAGUCUGGGGUGCGAUUGCAACAGGUUCCGGAAACUGUCGCGCAAUUAAAAUGCUUUGAGUGCGGUUUGUCCGUGAUUUGAAACAGGCCUAGUGGUUUUAAAUCCUAUAAGGGGAAAGAGAUUGCCUUUCCCCCUGAUUGGAAGGAUAUCUUAAUCUGUGCCCUCAUGAGGAAAAUGGACAAUCGACUGAACCUUGAUUCCGAGGUUCGCGAAUUGAAACUGGGGUCCACUUUUACGAACCCAUCUCCGAGGACAGUUUUCCAUACGAUAAAGUACGAUUUCAAGCCGGCCAGCGUGGACGUCAAUAAGCCCGCGUCCUUGGAAGUUAGCAGCAACAAGCAGGUUACAGUGACAGUGCCACAUUUAGAUGGUUCCGGAGUGCCCAACACUGUGUUCAAGGGAAAUCAGAGAGACUAUACUAAAAAGGAAUGUGUGCUCAUUAUCGACCGAGUAACGGGAGAAAUAACGCUCGAGAAGCUCAACAGUAAUGUGCAAGUCAAAAAGACAAGGACCGAAAGCAAAGUUGUGCAGCCGCCUCCUCAGCCUCCACCUCCUCAGAUAAAGGUUGAAAACUCCACAGCGCGGCAAAGUUCCAAAACCAAAAUUACCACCGGUUCCCGGAAGAACACUCCCAUCAGCUUCGUGCCAAAACAUUCGCCAUUGCAGAACUCGCCUUCCUAUCCGAACAAGAGUCCGCUAUCCGCGCCGGCCUGGAAUGCCAACAAUACUCAACAGACCUUGCCAAGUAUCCCGAUCAUCGGGCUGGACGAUGGCAACGAUUUCAUGACGGCACCUUCGUCCUCGCUGCCUCCGGUCCAGCAGCAACAGUCACAGUCAAUGCACCAUGGAAGCUCCGCUCACAACACCAGCGGCGGAAGCAGCAGCAGUAGUGGUUCGCUCAGUAACAGCAACAAUCAUCAUACCAGUAAUAACGUCAACAGCAGCAGUAACCAUAAGAACCAUUCGAGCGGCGGCAGUGCUGGCCACCACGGCCUCGGGAGCAAUAGCAAUAGUCACCUCAACCCGUACAACAACCACCAUGGCGGGGACAACAAUGUGGAAAUUAAUCUACCGUCGAGGGCACAAGCUUCGCCUCCCAGGGAUACAGGAUUUGCCACUGGUUUAUUGACUUCAUCUGAUUCAGAUUCGAGUGGUUCUAGCGAUAGUGAUAGUGGCUCCGAUUCGGAAAGCACAACCGAAGAUAAUAAUGACUCUCCGGUGAAAGAAUCGAUCUUCGAUAUAGGUCCCACCCGGUCGGACUCGCUCAACAAUCGUUCGCUUCCAACGCAUCUACUGUCGGAAGAUCUGUGCCUGUCGGAGUCCAACUCCGAUUCUGAUUAGAAGCCAACCGGCAACAACCCGCACCGCUAUAUAUGCAUGCCGCGCAUCAAACGAUAGGGGUCGAGAAACGGUGUCACCGCAAUGCAUCUCCAAUCAUCCCUAGAGAAACAAGGUAAGACAUUCGGGACACACUAUUUUUGUAGGGAAAAUUAUUUAUAUUGAGAUGAAAAUAUACCAAUCGCUGAGAAAGGCAGAGGAACUAGUUCUUCAAUCAAGGGGAACCUCCAAGGGGUCGCGGGCGGUUCAUUAACGACUGACGAAGCAGGAUUUUGCGUGAUAUGACUCCCAUUCUGGUUUUAAGCAUGGCCUCACUAGCUACAUGUUCACAUUAAGAAAGAUGACGUUCCGGCCAGAUUCGGAGUGUGUGCAUGGAAACGAUAGUUGAAGUAAGUAGGUUUCUCUUCGCAAAUAUUUCUCAUUCUCUUGGGAGAGGUAUCCGUUCAUUUGUAAUUUGUAUGUUAUUUUAUUUGUUUUCUUUAUUGUCUCUUAAUUCGUUCAUAUUUUCGCGCUAUUUACGACUAGUUUUUUUUCUGUGUCCUUAGGUACUAAAUAUUUAAAUGAAAACACGGUAGUCAAAGUAAUCCUCUGUCUGCUGUGAACCAAGACAAACACAGCUAUUAUUUAGUAGAGAGAGAGGGCGCCUUGAUUUUGGUUGUAGUCAAGUCCCAGACAUUGUUGUAAAGAGUUGGGGAGAAAACUUCUAUCCACUCAACCGCAUACUAAACUAAGCCACAAAUCACGGGUGUGCAAAAGAAGGUGUUAGCAAAUGUGUACAGCAGGAAUCAGUUAUGUAUGCUAUAUUGAUAACUUACCAUAAUUAUUACAGAAAACUACCUUAAACCAACAAAUAAAAUAUGUUAAUUGAUUUGAAAA